AUGGCUAAGCAGACUACCCUCGAGGAGUUCAACUCCGUUUACCCCAAGCUUGAGGAGACUCUUCUCGACCAUGCCCGCUCCUACAAGCUCCCUCAGGAGCAGCUUGACUGGUACAAGAAGUCUCUCGAGGCCAACCCUCUUGGUGGAAAAUGCAACCGCGGCAUGUCCGUUCCCGACUCGGUCUCCCUCCUUCUCGAGAAGCCUCUCACUGAGGAGCAGUACUUCCAGGCCGCGACUCUCGGCUGGAUGACAGAGCUUCUCCAGGCUUUCUUCCUUGUUUCCGACGAUAUCAUGGACUCCAGCAUUACUCGACGUGGUGCUCCCUGCUGGUACCGCCAGGAGGGCGUUGGCAUGAUCGCUAUCAACGACGCCUUCAUGCUCGAGGCCGCCAUCUACACCCUUCUCAAGAAGUACUUCCGCUCUCACCCUGCCUACGUCGAUCUUAUCGAGCUUUUCCACGAGACCACCUUCCAGACCGAGCUCGGCCAGCUGUGUGACUUGCUCACCGCCCCCGAGGAGCGCGUCGACCUCGACAACUUCUCAAUGGAGAAGUACAGCUUCAUUGUCAUCUACAAGACUGCUUACUACUCCUUCUACCUCCCUGUCGCCCUCGCCCUCCACCAACUCAACCUCGCCACCCCUGAGAACCUCAAGCAAGCCGAGGACAUCCUUAUUCCCCUUGGAGAGUACUUCCAGAUCCAAGACGACUACCUUGACAACUUCGGCAAGCCCGAGCACAUUGGAAAGAUUGGUACCGAUAUCAAGGACAACAAGUGCUCUUGGCUCGUCAACCAGGCCCUUGCCAUUGCUACCCCCGAGCAGCGCCAGGUUCUCGAGGAGAACUACGGCCGCAAGGACGAUGACAAGGAGAAGGCCGUCAAGAACCUAUAUGACGAUCUCAAGCUCGAGCAGCGCUACCUCGACUACGAGGAGAAGGUCGUUGGCCAGAUCCGUGAGCGUAUUGCCAACAUCGAUGAGGCCGGAGGUCUUAAGAAGACUGUGUUCGAGGCUUUCCUUGCCAAGAUCUACAAGCGCAGCAAGUAA